AUCAAAAACUUUUCUCAUAUCACAAUCACAUACACUGAAGAUGAGCUCAUCCAACAAAGCUCAAGAUCGCCUCCAAUUCACUCCGAUUGACGAGAUUUCAAAGAUUUGUCAAGAACUUAGUAAGAACGUCUCAAAUGGGAUCACCAAAACUUUAGACUGGAGGAUCCAUCAAUUGAAGCAAUUGGGAUACCUCUUGCAAGACAAUGAAAACUUGCUAGUUGAAGCACUGGUCGUCGAUCUCGAUAAGCCGAAGACUGAGACUGUCAUUGGUGAAUUGGGUGGUACCAUAAAUGAGGUGAUUUAUGCCCUCAAGAAUCUCAAAUCUUGGCUCAAGCCACAAGCUGUCAAAACGGAUUUUGCUUGGCGCAUUGCCAGACCGAAGACGUACCAUGAACCAAAGGGUUUGGUUUUGAUAUAUGGCACUUGGAAUUAUCCAAUUGCUCUUGCGAUCGUCCCAUUGAUCGGUGCGAUCGCCGGUGGCAAUGCUGUGAUUCUGAAGCCUUCCGAACAAGCUCCGGCAAUUGCCAAGCUUUUCACCAAACUUAUUCCGCAAUAUUUGGAUAACAAUCAUAUUCGUGUCGUCAAUGGUGCUGCCGAUGAGUCUAAUGCUCUGCUGGAUCACAAGUUCGAUCACAUUAUGUUCACUGGCUCGGGGCGCGUCGCAAGGAUUGUAGCCAAGCGAGCAGCAGAACACUUGACACCCGUCACGCUCGAAUUAGGUGGAAAAUGCCCAGCGAUCGUUUUUGACGACGCGGAUUUCCCCGUCAUUGCUCGUCGACUGAUUUGGGGAAAGGGCGUGAAUGCAGGCCAGACCUGUGUUGCGCCAGACUAUAUCUUGGUUUCAAAGAAGAGUGAAGCUAAGUUGAUAGCUAGUCUGAAGAAAGCUAUGCUAGAUUUAUAUCCCCUUCCCUCUAUCUCGCAAUCUUCGUCCAAUAAAAGUGUGAACCCAUCGGGAGGAUCCGGCGAUAAUUCAGAAGUCCUUCAAUUUUGUAAGAUUAUCAACCGAAAGCAGUUUGAUCGACUAAAUGAGCUUCUUAAAACAACCAAAGGAGAUCUCAUCCCAGUCAAUGGCACUUUACAUUCAAAGGCUGAUUCAUACAACGCCGAAGAGUUGAGAAUGCCAUUGGCUUUGGUCCGAAACGUGAAGAAAGAUGACCCAUUGAUGCAAGAGGAAAUCUUUGGCCCGAUCUUUCCCAUUGUCACCUACGACCUUGAAUCACAAACGAUGCCUGAAAUCUUACGCCCGAUUUCAGACGCUGAACCAUUAUGUGUCUAUGUAUUCACUCAAACUUCAUCUAAUUUGGAGCUUGUCAGAAAACACACAAGAUCGGGUCAAAUUGUUUGCAACGACCUUUGUACCCAAUUGGCAAUCACAGGUUCACCUUUUGGAGGCAUUGGUCAAUCAGGUCACGGAAGCUAUCGAGGAUACCAUUCGUUUUUGACGUUCACUUAUAAGCGUCCAUCUAUCAGCCUUUCACCAAAGGUUGACUUUCUUUUCAAGACGCGUUAUCCACCUUAUACACCUUUUAAGCUUAAGAUUUUCUCUUCAACGAUGGGACCGGCUAAGAUCAAGGGACUAUCGAAACCAGAAGCAGUCCCGAAAAGUACGCAAGUUGCCAAACGUACAUGGUCCCUGCUUUAACCCCGAUCAGCGGUUUAAUUGCGGUUGACUACUACGUUGUCCCUUUGUUGAUAUGUAUGAGAUCAUAUAAGAGCAUCCACUAUGGGUGCGGUAACCAAGUGAUUUAUCGUAACUUUAACGCU